GCCUAUUAACCCCUUUCCGCCUCGCCUUCCCCGGGCCAAGAAACGGCUCCUCCUCCUCGUCGUCCUGUGACCCUGGUGCAAGAUGCAAGCCGCCGCCUGCCGUCCCCACCCUGCGCUUCUCUCCCCGAGGAGGAAGAGGGAGGAGGCGAGGAGGGCGCAGCCACGAGCCGCGUGCAGAAAGCCUGUCCCUUCGGCGUGAAGACCGCGAGACCCGGACUCGGGAUCCUCACUCCGACUCUGGCGCCCCGCGCCCCCCGUUUGCCUGCCUCUGCCCGGGGCACCCUCGCAGCACCCCAACUGCUGGCUGAACCGCCGCCAGCACAGCUCCACCGCGCCCGGAGCAGCCGCGCCUCCGCGCAGGUGCUGCAAGCGCCCCUGCCCUCCGGCGCCCCCUGCCGGCCAGAGGGAAGGCAGCCGCCGAGACGCGGAGCCGCAGGGCGCGGGGCGCAGGACGCCAGAGUUCUCCGGGCGUCGGGAAGACAAGCCGGGAGCGUCCCUCAUGGUGCCGCCGCCUCCUCCGUGCCGGGGAGGAGCGGCCAGGGGACAGCUGGGCAGGAGCCUGGGUCCGCUGCUGCUACUCCUGGCGCUGGGACACACGUGGAGCUACCGGGAGGAGCCCGAGGACGGCGACAGAGAAAUUUGUGCCGAGAACAAAAUCGCGACCACCAAGUACCCGUGUCUGAAGCCUUCAGGAGAGCUCGCCACGUGCUUCAGGAAAAAGUGCUGUGAAGGGUACAAAUUUGUCCUUGGACAGUGUGUCCCAGAAGAUUACGACGUUUGUUCCGAAGCUCCCUGCGAACAGCAGUGCACGGAUAACUUUGGCCGAGUGCUGUGCACCUGUUACCCAGGCUAUCGAUACGACCGGGAGAGGCAUCGCAGGCGGGAGAAGCCCUACUGCCUGGAUAUCGACGAGUGUGCCGUCAGCAACGAGACGCUGUGUGCGCACAUCUGCGUCAACACCGUGGGCAGCUACCGCUGCGAGUGCCAGGAGGGCUAUGUGCGCGAGGACAACGGCAGGACGUGCACCAGGGCGGACAAGUACCCCAACGACACUGGGCGCGAGGAGAAGCCUGAGAACACAGUGAGAGUCGGCACCUGCUGUGCCUCAUGCAAGGAGUUCCACCAGGUGAAGCAGACGGUGCUGCAGCUGAAGCAGAAGAUUGCUCUGCUCCCCAACAAUGCUGCUGACCUGGGCAAGUAUAUCAGUGGCAAUAAAGUGCUGGCCUCAAACGCCUACCUUCCAGGACCUCCUGGCCUGCCUGGGGGCCAGGGUCCUCCUGGCUCACCAGGACCAAAGGGGAGCCCAGGAUUCCCUGGUAUGCCAGGCCCUCCUGGGCAGCCCGGCCCCCGGGGCUCAAUGGGACCCAUGGGACCAUCUCCUGAUCUCUCCCACAUUAAGCAAGGCCGACGGGGCCCUGUGGGCCCUCCAGGUGCGCCAGGAAGAGAUGGUUUGAAGGGAGAAAGAGGAGCACCUGGGCCCAGGGGCUCUCCAGGCCCCCCGGGCUCUUUCGACUUCCUGCUGCUCAUGCUGGCGGACAUCCGCAACGACAUCGCGGACCUGCAGGAGAAGGUGUUCGGGCAGCGGACUCACUCUUCCGCAGAGGAGUUCCCUUUACCUCAGGAAUUCUCCAGCUACCCCGAAACCAUGGACUGGGGCUCCGGAGAUGACUACCAGAGAAGAACUGACUGAGAUAACAGACUUAAGAGCCCCCAAGAGACUUGUAUCUGCCACCGUGUCCCGCCAUUGUCGCAUCCGUGGGAGAGCUGAUAGUCCUCACCUGCAACCACUCAUAUAAAGAAAACAGAUACCACCGUUGGCCUAGAACCAAUCCCCUUGCCCUGCCCCUCCUUGCUCUUCCAAACACUGCUUCCAGAGCCCCUGGGAGACCUGCUGGUGCAUGAAGGGGGAGUGACUGAUGCCCAUGCUUGCCCCUGGUCAUCCGUUGGGAUAGUCUGCCUUGGGACUUCUCUUCUGCUUCCUACUUUUUUUUUUUUCCAGAAACUUCUGGAUUUCUGACUUAAGCAUUCUGAUGGCAGCUUAACCUAUGACAGAAUAUCUAAAGGUGGUGGCGGGGGUGGAAUGACCAGGUGAGCACUAAAGAAAUGUGAGGCUACUUCUAAAAAAACAAACAAACCCAAAGUGAUGUGUUUAAAAUAGACUACUACUUGUCUUCUCUUGAGUUAUGAGAAUGAGAUGGAUAAGCGUGUGGAA